GACUUUACGUACGCCACCGUACAGACCGAAAAACACGAACCGCUAUCUCCGUUUACGCCGAGCUAUUCGAGCGCGCGCGUACCUAGUCGCGAUCGCGAUAUCGUUUUCCUUUCGGUAUUAUUACUUACGUCUCUUAUCGCUCCGGACUUCAACCUGCCCAGGGACGUUCAAUCUUCCUUGGUUCACCCUGCCAGGUCAGAUUAGCUGUGUUGCGACUAAUUAAUUGGCGAACUGGGUGGUUACCGGCCGGAGGAAGCAGCACGAUCCCGUUUGUGUUACCGUUUUUUGUUGCUGUUGUGAAAAUAUUUUAAACGCGGUGUGAACAACGCAUCCCCCGACAUUUUCCGAACUAGUGAACAACGCGUGUCACUAGCAGUGUAGUAUUCCCGGUAUAUUCGUGCCAGUAGUGCCGGUCGGUCGGUGUUUGCUAAUUGAAAUUUUCGAUUGCGUGUGCCCAAAAAACGUUGGCGGAGCUUUUGCUGUACGAUUCGAGCUAUAUGUUUCGCUAAACGACACGUUUGUUGUGUGUAUUUUUGAGCUAUCUCGCGAUCACACACUUCCUUUAGUUGGCGCGACGCGAUUUUUAUUCGGGAUCGGGAAAUCGGAACGAAAACAUAAAACGGGCUGAAUUACAGCCCGUAGCGAAAGGUGUACAUGUGUGCGUGUAAUAAUUGUUAGUGCGAUGUGCAUCAUCGAAAGUUGAUAAUUGGUGCGCGAGUUUUUGCAAUUUUUUUUUUCGCUGCUACUGUUGGUGUUGGUAGUGGUGGUUGUCGAAGUGUUUGUAGCCCUUAGGGGGGGCCGGUUUUAGUGCGUGAGGCAGUUUUCAUUUAUCUUCACCUGUUUUUUUUUUGUGUGUGCUUGUGUAUGCUACAACGAAUGCCGGUGGAAAAUUAGUGCACGAAGUAUUUUCCACAACGAAAAGUGCAAACUAAGGUGAAGCAAAGAAGAAUACGCAACUUCGAAUUUAUGAAACGAACUGAAUAAUAAGCGAACAACGAAAAAUAUUGAACUUAUCAGUGUGUGCCUGUGUGUUCCUCAUCAACCAAAGCUCUCGGUCUUAUCAACGGAACCUAGACGACGAAAUAUCACUGUGGCCUUAGCUGAUUGUUUUCCAAAUCUUGUGGAGAAAGUGAACCCGAUGGGUAUCAAGCUGGCACAAUUACCAUCGCCGGUGGUCCUGCGCGUGCUCGUAAGGGUCUGAGAGUCUGCCCGCAACCUAAACUCGCCCCGGGGUCAAGUACGCGCGUGCUGUGUGCCGACUCAACGCGUUCAUUAGCUCGCGAGGGAGCAGAGUUGUAACGCUUCCGGCGUAUUUUGGGCCCACCCCUGACGCGAUACACAGAGGCCCACAUUGGCGACCCUAGAGGGACCGCCCUAGUGCGGAACAUCCGCUCCGAUCCCUGCCGACCGGAGACCAAGCUAAACCACCAAAAAUCAUGCUCGACUCGGAGCUGUACCCACGCGGCGGGGACACUCAUCAGCACGGACAUCAUCAUCACCACCACCAUCAUCACCAUCAUUACAAGUCGCCGCAUCACCGCCACUACCACUCACCCUCCCCCCAUCACCAUCAUCAAGGGGGCGCAGAGCGGGAACGAAAGUCAAGAUCGUCCCCGCGACAUCACCACCUUCAGCACAGUGAUGGGGAGAAGCUAAAGUACCAGAACGCGUUCGGUGGUUCGGUGGGCAAUAUUGGUGGUUCGUCCUCGUCGGAGAAGUAUCACAAGUUUUUCCCGCACCAUCUACUUUCGGGUGGUGGUAGCGGCACUGGUGGUAGUGGUGGAUACUUCGAUCUGAGUGACAAACUGGACAGUUUGAAUAUUGGUGCUGGUAGUCGAGGUUCGGAAAAGAGUAGUCUGAUCAGUGGGAGUGGAAGUAGUGCGCUGAGUGGAGGUGGUGAUAGUAACAAUAAUCACCAGCAUCAUACGUCCGGGUCGGCUAGUAUACUGAGCGAUACGACAGCGGCCGGAAGUGGUAGCAAUGCGAGUGGAGGUAGCAGUAAGAAGCGCACGAUAGUGCUGGUGGGUGAUGGCCGGAGCCGUGUGAGACGAGUUGUGCGGACACAGACGAGACAGAUCACUGUGGUGAGCUACUCGGGGCGAAAGAAGGAAACGGAAACGCACACCAGCCAUCACGCGACUAUCGUCAGUUUCCCACAAAAAAUCGAUCGCCCAGCGCAGAUCUACUCCACACACCAUCAUCACCCGAGCAGCGGUGGCAGCGUGGCCAGCAACAAUGGGCUGCUAGCGAGCGGUGCCAGCAGCAGCCUCGGCAGCACCAGCCUCUGUGGCGUGGGGCCCGGCGGUGGAUCGUACGUGUACGUGCACCAGCAGCAGCAGCAGCCACAGCCGCCGAACCACCAGCAGCAAUCAACGCAACACUAUGUGUCACCGCAGCAGCUUACCUACCAUCUGCAUUCGGCCGGUGGCACCACGAACGCAACCGGCAACGGAUACCAUCACCAUGGAUCGCAUCAGAACAUCGCAACGCCAACCCUCCACAAGAAGGGCUCCAUCCGCAGCAAUGGCGAUGUGCUCAAGCGAACACGUGUGCAAAAUGCGUAUGAACUGUCGCAGGAUCUGCUGGACAAGCAGAUCGAACUGUUGGAGCGCAAGUACGGUGGAGUGAAGGCACGAAACGCGGCCCUUACGAUUCAGCGCGCCUUCCGCCACUACACGAUGGUGAAGAAGUUCGCCUCGAUCACGGCUAUGGCUAAGGCGGAGAAACGCAUGAGCCGUAGGGUGCAGCAGCAGCAGCAACAGAACGAGAUGGACAUGAUGCAUCACCAUCCACAUCACCUUCAGCCGGCCCUGGAGGAUGGACAGAUCUACGCUACCGAGGAUGGUACCAUGGUCGGUCAGCAGCGUGUCUGUGCAACAAUCUCCGCAACGCCACCAGGAACGCUACACCAUCGUGUAACACCGGUCCGCUCGAUGUCGCUGCGGGAACGUCGACUCGAUUCGAGCCCUAUCCCACGCAGUCAGUCCGGCACUGCAUCACCCGCACCCGUCCCGAUCACCUCUUGGAGCCAAAGCCCAACACAGCUCGUAACGGGUGCCUCCACCCAACAGCAGCAGCAACAGCAACAACAGUACUCCCAUCCACAUGUAAAUAUUCUUCACCAGCAGCAGGCCCAGCUGGCCGGGUACGGUUACACGCCGGCCGUGUCUGCCCCAUCGCACACCGCGGUGAUGCAUCAUCACCAGCACCAGCAGCAGCAGCAGUACCAAAGCCAGUACGGUUCGCAGGAUUUGAAUGUGAGUGGUGCCAGCUCGAGCUCGCAGCUGGAUUCGACCGUCUCGUCCAUGAAUCUGUCCUGGAACUCGCAGACGGCCAGCACACACCAAAGCCCGUACACGCCGCACUACACCGCCGCCCAAAUCUACAUGCGUCCGCGCGGUAUCGGCAUCGGUAGCUCGGGUGGCAGCAGUGGAAGUACGUCGAGUGCUAGCGGCCGGAAGGUUCCGCCGGAGGUACCGAAGCGUACCAGCAGUAUCACGGGCCCCGGGGGACAACACACACCGAGCCGUUCGCUGCGUCCGAAUGGAUUGUGCAAGACGGCCGAGAACGGUAGCCUCAGUUCGGUGCAAUCAUCGGGCAGUGAUUCGUCCGCUUCGGCUGAGCGAGGCCUUGUCGGGAUUGGUAUCGAGCUGGUGGGAUCGUCCGAUCGUUCGAGCUCCCCCCAGUGGAAGCGCAAGGGUCCGGGAAGCAGCCAGAGCGGUAGCAUAACGCUUCUCCCAGCGCAAUCACCCGAUCACAUGCUGAUGAGUGCGAGUGCUGGUGGUGAUGCUACCGGCGCAGCGGGACGUUCCAUUCAUUCCACGGUCGCAACUGCCACCGCAACAGCAACGGCCGCUAGUGGUGGUGGUGGUGGUGGUGCCGGUGGUGGUGCGGGAAGUGCCAACGUAACGAUCGCCAGCAUCGAGAGUGAGUGUCUCAGCUCGCACACGAGUGCCGCCCAAUACUCGAUGGAACAGCACGAUCAGAUCGUCCACACGCCCACCUCCUACAAGGUGUCGGAAACGAUCCGCAAACGCCAGUACCGGGUAGGGUUGAAUCUGUUCAACAAAAAGCCCGAACGAGGUAUCACGUACCUCAUCCGCAAAGGAUUCCUCGAGAACACACCGCAAGGUGUCGCUCGCUUCCUGAUCUCGCGCAAGGGCCUAUCCCGGCAGAUGAUUGGCGAAUACUUGGGCAAUCUGCAGAACCCGUUCAAUAUGGCGGUGCUGGAUUGCUUUGCCGGCGAGCUCGAUCUGUCCGGCAUGCAGGUGGAUGUGGCGUUGCGCAAAUUCCAGGGCUACUUCCGUAUGCCGGGCGAAGCGCAGAAAAUCGAACGUUUGAUGGAGGUGUUCUCGGCACGGUACUGUCAGUGUAACAGCGAUAUCGUGGCACGGCUCCGAUCGCACGACACGGUGUUUGUGCUGGCGUUCGCCAUCAUUAUGCUCAAUACGGAUCUGCAUACGCCGAACCUGAAGCCGGAGCGCCGGAUGCGGUGCGAUGACUUUGUAAAGAAUCUGCGCGGCAUCGACGACUGUCACGAUAUCGAUCGGGACAUGCUGAACGGGAUCUACGAGCGGGUGAAGGCGAACGAGUUUAAGCCCGGGUCGGAUCAUGUAACGCAGGUGAUGAAGGUGCAGGCGACGAUCGUGGGCAAGAAGCCGAAUCUGGCGUUACCGCACCGGCGGCUGGUGUGCUACUGCCGGCUGUACGAGAUACCGGACAUUAACAAGAAGGAGCGACCGGGCGUACAUCAGCGCGAGGUGUUCCUGUUUAACGAUCUGCUCGUCAUUACGAAGAUCUUUAGCAAGAAAAAGUCGUCCGUGACGUACACGUUCCGGAACAGUUACACGCUGUGCGGAAUGGUCGUAACGCUGCUGGAUGUUCCAAACUACCAGUUCUGCAUCCGGCUCUCGCAGAAGGUGGACGGCAAGGUGCUGGUAACGUUCAACGCACGCAACGAGCACGAUCGCUGCAAGUUUGCGGAGGAUCUGCGCGAAUCGAUCAGCGAGAUGGACGAGAUGGAAACGCUUCGUAUCGAGGCGGAACUGGAGCGCCAAAAGUCGGCCCGCGGUACACGCACCACCAACAGCGAAAACCGGGACAGUGGUGUCGCGGACGUGGAAGUCUGUGCCGGCCCGUAUCCGGCCGGUGUCGGUGGACUGGUGCCGGGCAGUGUCGGUGGCGGUGUCUCGCCGAACGAGUGUGGCCUCGCGCACAGUGACGCACAGCUGAAGCGCAGUGCGCUCAGCAAUUCACUGCUCGAUAUGCACGAACAAUUUGGCAAUGAAAAGCCGCAACGGCGCGGCAGCGUCGGCUCACUAGAUAGUGGUAUGUCGAUAUCAUUUCAAUCCACCUCCGCAAGCACUGGCUCACGUAGCGAUAUCAAAGUACGAAUGCUGCCUCACAGCAACACCUCCGGUCAGAUAAUCAUGCAUGCCGGUCAGCAUCCCGCUGCCCUUAUGGGUGCCAUCUAUCAUCAGCAAAUUCAUCACCAUCAACAGCACCAGCAGCAGCAGCAAUCGCAGCAGGCUAUGGCUACGGCACAUCAUCAUCAUCCGACUGGCGCGGCCGGCGGCGGUGUGAUCGUUUCGGUGGGUCCACCGGGAUCCUCCCAACAUCCGCAUCCCCAUGGUGGGCUACCUACCACAGCAGCAGCCUCACAGCAGCCGAUGAACGGCAACGGUAUGGUGAUGAUGGUCGGUACGAACAACAACAACACCACCACCACCACUAUCAACCCGAACAGCAGCAGCAGCAGCAGCAGUGGAGCUAUCCACCGACGCGAGCGGAAACCCUCCCGUACCGAAGAUGCCGCUACGGUAGCGGCACUGGCCCUGGCAGCCAGUGCGGGAGCCUCUAGCGCCAUGAACGCCUCCUCCAGCAGCAGCAACGCCGGACCGAACAACACGGCACCGCCGGGAGCAGGCGGCAACUAUGGGCGCUCAACGGAGGUGUAAAACAUCGGCAGCAGCAGCUAGGGAAAGAGGACGAUCAUCUCACAAUACAAUCACUCACGGCAAGGAUCACCACCACCACCACCAUCACAAACACCAGCAGCAGUACCGCUCUGAUCGACAUUAGUUAACAUUCGACCAUCGGGAAUUGUGUCUCCGUUGUGUCAGGAUGAGAGGUGGUGUUUGGGUUUUUCCCUUUUUACUAUUUAACAUCCCGCAUGUGGGUGUGUGUGUGCGUGGUUGUACAUAUUAGAUAUACUUAAAGAAGGGAAAAACAAAGGAAGCUUCGUUUACUAUGUUUUGUAUAUGUGUGAGUGUGUGGUUGAGAGACCAGUACACCAUCUGUUUGUGAAAUAUUAGUGUUUAGAGAUACCCUUAAGUGAUGCUUCUUUUUAUUUGGUAAACAAUCACACAAAAAGGGUACAGCGAAAGGGAAAUAAGAAUCACACAAACGAUGGAGUUAGGGAAGAAAGGAAAAAAAGGAUUUUGUUUUGUUUCUUUUGAAUAGUUUAAGUAUUUAACUUUUUUUCUGAUUUUGCCAAUAUUUGUUUCACGUCGCAUGGUUCAAAUGUGCACUGGUGGUGAUCAUAAAUUGUCGUAUGUGAGAUGUGAGGUGAACGUUUUUCUUUACUAAGCUAUCACACACACACAUAUUUAACACGCUUUCCAUCGCGUAACUCAUCCAUUUCGCCCCCGCGCCCAACUGAGUUCUAGUUCCUUUUAGAUUGUACAGAGGUGAGCGUAUGUGUGUGAGUGCGUUAGGAAGGAGUUUAAGAAGAAGACAGGCCCCCAUACCACCCCCCUCUCCCGAUUCAACUACAGUACAGUGUGUUUAAGAGAAGAAAUAUCGAGAGAAGGAAAAGUCGCCCCCAUUUUCACCAGCAAAAAUCCUUCCACAUGUUGUUGUUGCACGUAACACUGUUCCGCUCCGUAUGUGUGUGCGUGUUUCGUUCGUUCGUUUCCAUGUGUGUAUGUUUGUGCCGGAUAAAGGAACAAGUAAUACUAACCAAAAAGGGAGCAAACAAAGGGAGGAAAAACACUUUAAGCUUCUUCCCAUCUUCGCCGCCAUUUUCUAAUCAUUCAUUAGGGGAAAAGAAGUAUAAUAGCUAUUACCGGUAUCCGUCUUAGUAACAACACACCGACCUUUCAAAUCAUCAUCCAAAAUACAAACAGUUUAACAUAAAACAUUUAAAAAAGGGAUACACAAAGAAAAAGCGAAGAUCCUUUCUUUUGGGUGCCAUUUUGUUGUUUAAAGGAAAGUAGCUUUGUUGCUAGAAAGAUUUUUGUGAAAGAGAGCAAGAGAUCGAUUCUCCGUCGGAAGCUUUCAUUCAUUCUCAUUAACACCUCUCAUACGCAUACACACGCAUACUGCAGCAUCUUUAGUAACGCGCUACUACUCUAACAUAGCAACCGUCGUCUCGUAUGUUGCUUCGAUGGGGCGAAAGGAAAAUAACAAAACCAAACACACACACACACACAAAAAUGUUCUGAUAUCUAAUUUAUGUGAAGAAAAAAAAAUGGAAAAGUGAGAUAGAAAAACAAAAACAGAAGAAUUCGAAUAAGAUACAAAAUGUUACAAUAAUAAUGAAACUAAAGGAGAAGAAAGGAUGUGUACAUGAACGAGUAAAGUCGAAAGGUGUGUGAGUGUGUUUUUGAGGUGGUUAAAGAAGGGGGGGGGGGGGGGGGGGAUAUUGGUGGGCUAGUGUGCGUGUACGUGUGUGAACAGAGAGGAAAAAAGGGGGGAAUGAAUUCACUUCGUCCCCGCCCGCUCGCCGCCCCCACUUUUGCCACCCACAUUGUGUAAUUUGUGUACUAUAUACCCGCGCUAUGCAUAUAUACUUAUACAUAUAUACUUCUAUAAUAUAUUUAAAACAAAUAGAGGGAAAGGAAGAAGAUUCUGCUCUCUUUUAAGGGAGAGCUUUAAGGAGCGCAGGAGACAAUUCUUCAAUUGUCAUGGGACUAGGAAGUAGUGGAAGUGAUUGGUGGUCCAGGAGUGAUGUUGUCUAGUUUUCUAUGUGUUCUUUUACCACACUGUAUUAUCAUGCACCCUCCCUCUCCCACCUCCUCCUCCUCCUCCUUGUUGGCUCUUCCCUCCCUUCGAGGACAUCUGAUCAGGAUGAGCCACGAGAUGGGAAGGCGAAGGAAGAGUAGUAGUGUUGAGGGAGUGGUGCAUGUUGUGUAUGUUUGACCAAUUGACACAAGGAAAUUGAUUGACCAAAAAAUUAUAAAAGAGAAGCUAACCAAGAUAAAACACACACAACACAUAAAAGAUAAGAAACGAUACAAAAAACUGAAGGAAAACAAAACCGAAAGAAAAGAAAAACAUUACAAAAACGAUGAAGAAAAUUAGUGUUACAAGGAAGAAGUUAAAGAGAAGCGAGAGAAGAAAAAAAAACACGAUAGGAAUGUGGUAAAAGAAAACGAAAUGAAUGAACGAAGUGAAUUGAAUGGAAGGGUGGGAGGGAAAACAUAUACAAGUAAUCUAGUCCUGUUUCAAAUAUACAUAUAUAAAAAGUAAACGAUAAACGAAAUAAUGAAAUGAAAUUAAAUGCUAAGACAAACAUAAAA